AUGCGUUUUAUAAGAUCGGUGACAUCCAUCUUCUUGGGUUGCAUUGGAGUGGCAUACCAUGCAAACAAAUCUUCCAUCACAGCUCCUGCAGAAAACUCUGAUUCUAUAUCGGAAUCUUCUUCUACAACAACUGACCGCUCGAGGAUGAUCAAACUCAAUGAUGGAAGGUACUUAGCUUACAAGGAGAUAGGCGUUCCUAAGAACAAAUCAGAUUACAGAGUAAUUAUCAUCCAUGGAUUUGGAAGCUCUAAGGAAAUGAACUUUAUGGUUUCUCAGGAGCUAAUGGAUGAACUAAAGAUAUACGUUCUUCUAUAUGACCGGGCUGGAUAUGGAGAAAGUGAUCCCCACCCGAAACGAACCAUAAAGAGUGAGGCGUCCGACAUUCAACAACUCGCGGAUCAGAUGGAAUUGGGACAUAAGUUCUAUGUUGUUGCCGUGUCCCUUGGUUCUUAUCCGGCAUGGAGUUGUCUCAAAACAAUUCCCCAAAGGCUAGCUGGUGUGGCUAUGGUGGUGCCAAUGAUAAACUAUAAUUGGCCUUCACUUCCAAAACAUCUGAUAGAAGAUGAUUUCAGAAGAAAUUUAUCGCGUUGGACGCUUAUGGCUGCCAACCAUACGCCUAGGUUAUUACACUGGUGGCUAACUCAGAAGUGGCUCCCUUUCCCUUCCUCUGUUAAUGUUUUAGACAAAAAUCCCACUUUUUUCAGUAAUAAGGAUUUGGAGGUCUUGAGCAACACCCAAGGAUUUAAAUUACUUAGUCAGGUGAUGAUGAUGAUAUCCUUAAUUUCAUCUUUCAUGUCAUCAUUUCUUAGUAAAUAA